AUGGAUUUAGCAGUCAAUUACGAAGACAACAUAUUUUUGAAGAUAUGGUCGGGGACUCCUCAAACAGCUAAAUCGCUAACCGACUAUACUACUCUUAAAUACAUGCUUAGAAUAGUUUUAACAGUAUUUAUCAUUUCUAAUGUUUGGAUUCAGAAUUCCAGUACUGUCCAUUUUGAGUAUUCAGCAAAUUUGAAUAGGAAUGAUGCAUAUAGUCUUAAAUGGUCAAUCGAUAAUCAACAAAAAUGGCUAAAUUUCUCUGUUUGUUUCAAUAUCAUGGAAGCGAAUCAGCCUACAGCAAAUAAAGUAAAUUAUGAAGUAGAUAGGACGAGGCUACCGGAAUUUUUCGGCAUCGGAUUUGGACAAAAGGAUGAACCAGUUGGUGUGGAAUUCUAUAUGUUAUACUUUCCAUUUCUUAAUAAAGCAUUCAGGAAGGAUUAUGAAUAUUUUUUCAUGGAAGGUUAUACAAAUGAAAACACAGUCCUUCAGUUUAGGAAUUCUACAGAAAGCGUAUUGUACAAAGUGAAUCAAAUUAAAACUGACCAUCCAAAGAUAUGUUUUAAAUUUGGAAGAAAAGCCAUUUCUUGUCAUGAAAAUGGUUACACAAUUAAUAAUCAAACAACUCGUGUCUUCUUAUUCCACAGUAAUAAUGAACAAUUGACUCUAAAUGAUGAAAUAAAAGCUUAUUGGCUCUACCGUUUCACAAUGAGUCCAUUAAUUCUCUUGGAUAAUAUUGAAAUGAAACAGAUCCCACAUAAAAAGUUAUUUCUUCAAUUAUUAAAAAGUCCAGUGUACACUGGACUGACAAUGAAUAAACACAUUCACAUACAUUUAGCUCGUGUUGAACAGUAUGAAAGUGAUAUUAUUCCGGCAAGUCAAGGAUUGGUUCAUCAUAUGGAAAUCUUUCGCUGUCCAGGAAAUGCAAAUAUCCCACAUUACAAUGCUCCAUGUAAUUCAGAAAUGAAACCAAUUGGUUUGUCUCACUGUAGAGAAGUAAUUGCAGCCUGGGCUAUGGGGACAAUUGGUCUGACUUUUCCUGAAGAAGCUGGAAUUCCUGUCGGUGGAGCUAGAGGAAGAGAGUACGCUGUCAUCGAAAUACACUAUAAUAAUCCAGGAAAUUUAUCGGGUAUCAUAGACAAUAGUGGAUUUCGUCUUUAUAUUACAAGUAAACGCCGACCAUAUGAUGUGGGUGUAAUGGAACUUGGGUUAGUAUAUUCACCAAACAGUGUUAUCCCUCCGAGACAAUCACAGUUUACGUUAAUUGGUUAUUGUGAUGCACAGUGUACUGAUGUGAGUUUACCAAAACCUAACGGGAUAUUUGUAUUCGCUUCACAAUUGCAUACACAUGCAACGGGAAUAAAAGUUGUCACACAUCAUUUACGCAAUGGAACAAGACUACCUGAUCUCAAUAGAGAUAAUUACUACUCACCGCAUUUUCAAGAGAUACGUCAACUUUAUGAACAAGUACAAAUUAAACCGGGUGACAGCCUGAUUACUGCAUGUACUUACAAUACAAAUGAAAGGGAACAGGUAACUUUCGGUGGUUUAGGUAUACGAGAUGAAAUGUGCUUAAAUUACAUAUUUUACUAUCCAAAAGUUAAUCUGGAAUUAUGCAAAUCCGAUGUAACUCGUGAGUCGUUACAUUCCUUUUUGAAAACAGUGGAUAAAAAGUAA